AUGCCAGACAACAGCCAACUCAGAGAAGACGUAGAACGGCAACCAUCGCCUCUUCACCGCCAUCACUCCUCUUUAUCAGGCGCCGUCAAGAACAUAGACGAAGAUGAUGCCCGUCGCAGAUAUGACUCUCGCUGUGAGGAGCAAGGGCUCGGUGACGAGAAGGCCACCAGCCCAAGUCCAGACUUGUCAAGUGACGAAGACGAGAAGACAAUAGUCUCAUGGGAAGAUGGCGACCCGGAGAACCCCCACAACUGGUCACAUACGAAAAAGUUCCUCAUCCUCUGCCUGACCAUGUUGCAAGUCAUCAACAGCACCAUGGGCUCAGCUCUACCGUCCAACGCCAUCCCGUUCAUCACGGCCGAAUGGGGCAUCACCAGCCAGCCGCAACAGGUUCUGCCCAUCUCCGUCUACCUCAUCGGGUACGUGUUCGGCCCUGUCGUCUGGGCACCGGCUUCGGAACACGUCGGCAGACGGGUUUUGACGGUCGUCACCUUCGUCCUGUUCACGAUAUGGACGAUGGCCUGCGCCCUGGCACCGAACUGGCCAUCUCUACUGGUCUUCCGCCUCUUCACCGGCGUCUUCGCCAGCUCUCCGAUCGCCAUCGUCACGGGAAUCCUCGCAGACAUCUACGGCAACCACGAAACCCGCGGCCGCGCCAUGACAGCCUUCAUGGUCAUGACAACGUUCGGCCCGCUCUUCGCACCCAUCAUCUCCGGCUUCUGCUCCCCGACCAUCGGCUGGCGCUGGAGUUUCUGGAUCGCCCUAAUCUACGCCGGCGCGACCCUCGUCCCCGUCGCCCUCCUCCCCGAGACCUACGCCCCCGUCCUCCUCGUCCGCCGCGCCCGCAAGAUCCGAAAAUUAGACCCCGCCCUCGCCUCGACCGUCGUCGCCCCCUCGGAGCUCGAAUCCACCGACCUCAAACAGCUCGCCACCAUCGUCCUCACCCGCCCCGUGCGCAUGCUCAUCUUCGAACCCAUCGUGAGCUGCACCUGCGCCUACCUCGCCCUCGUCUACACCAUCUUCUACAUGUCCUUCCAGGCCUUCCCCAUCAUCUUCCAGAAACUCUACGGCCUGUCCCCGGGCGUCUCCGGCCUCGCGUACCUCCCCAUCGGCGGCGGCGCCCUCCUCGCCGUGCCCGUCUUCCUCGGCUGGGAACGGUACCACCUGCACGCGCAGAAGGAGGGCCGCUCCUGGGCGAAACAGGAAGAAUACCGCCGUCUGCCACUAGCCUGCGUCGGCGGCCCGCUCUUCUUCGUCUCCCUCUUCUGGCUCGGCUGGUCGUCGCGCCAGGACGUGAGCUACGUCGUGCCCAUGCUCGCCGGCCUCCCCUUCGGCGCGGGCUUCAUGCUCAUCUUCAUCGCGCUGCUCAACUACCUCACCGACGCCUACGAGGUCUUCGCCGCCUCCGCCAACGCCGCCGCCUCCACCAGCCGCUCCCUGCUCGCCGUCGUCCUGCCCCUGGCCACGACGCCCAUGUUCGACGGGCUCGGCAUCGCCGGCGCCUGCAGCCUGCUCGGCGGGCUCAGCGCGCUGAUGUGCGUCAUCCCCUUCGUCUUCAUCUGGAAGGGCGAGCGCAUCCGCGCCGGGUCGCGGUUUUGUAUCGCGUUGAGGGAGAGGAGGGAGGAGAUGGAGAGGAAGGUCGAGAGGCAGCGGCGUAGGGAGGAGGCGAGGCGCGGGUCGGGGAGGAAAGAGGAGGAGGUGUGA